AUGAGCGAUGAAACGAAUGAAUAUAAUGCUACAUUGAGUGAUUGUAAUUCUACUGAUUACAAUUCUAAUUACAAGGAGGGGUAUAAGAACAGUGAAAAUAAUGAAGAUACAUUUUCAGAAGAGUGUAAUACACCAAAAUUUGAAAAGGUAAUUGAGAACAAUAGAAUAAAUAUAAGAAUAAAUAAAAACGCAAAUACUCAAAAUUGCAAAAAAGAAAAAUGUAAAAGAAAAACAAAUAAUUCUUUCAUUUGUAAUCUUGUUAAGAAAAUAGAGGAUAUAUAUAAAAGACAGCUAUUGAAUAAUAAUAAUAAUAUAGAACAAAAUGAUUGUAAGACUCUAAUUAAAUCUAAAUGUAAAUGUGCGUCUAAGUGUAUGUCUAAAUGUAAGUCUUCAUUUAUGCUCAACGAAUAUUUGAACGUUGAACCAACUAACAAUGUAUUUUAUAGACGUAGAACACCAAAUGAAACCUUACAUAGUAGUGAUUUCAAUGGUAUAAAUUUAAGACCACUUCUAAGAUUUAAAAGUCUACACAACUACAAUAAUAACAAUGAAAUGAGUAAGCUACAACAACAACAAAAAAAAGCUAUUAUAAAAAUAUCAAACAUAAGUCCAUCUCAAAGAUUUACAAAUAAUGGCAUUUAUACUAAUCAAUCUACUCCUUAUGGUACACCAGCAAAUUUUUUUGGGUUACAUAAAAAUAUAGCUACUGGGAAAUUCAAUGUUACGAAAAAUGAAGAGUGCAAAAAUAGCAUACUUCCCUCUCCUUAUUUCGACAUGUAUCAUUACAGUAACAAGACAAAUAGAAGGCCGUAUCGAAGUAGUAACAAUCAUAAAACGCCUCCUGGAUAUGUGAGAUCAGUUCGCGUAGUCCCUGGGUGCAAUCCCCUGAGUAAAGUAAAAAACGAGGGUCAGAAAGGAAGAAAAUAUGAGGGGGAAAAUAGACAAAGAAACGAGGAAAUCGAAAAAAUGAACAAUGAACCCAACUGCUCAAGUCACAACAAUAUGAACAGGAAAACAAGCAAAAUUUGUUUACAUAUAAAUAGGAGAGGAAGACAAAGCAGAAAUCGAAGUAAAAACAACGAUAAGGAUGAAACAUGUUCUCAUAAAGGAUCAGAGGAAGCCAAUUGUGAUAAAGAGGCUACUCUAUUUACUUGCGAUCAAAAUUUAAGUAAUCGUAAUAAAAGAUUUGAAGAGAAAAAUAAAAGAAGCAAAUUUAGAGCUAGUCUAUCUGCUCCUCUAAAAAUAUGCAAUAAGUGGAGUAACAUGAAGAGAGGAAUUCACAACAAUUGUGAGAAUUACGAAAAUGGUGAAGCGCUUUUUCCACUAAGCUCUAUUAAUGGGAUAUCAAUAAAUAUGAACAAAGGCAUAGAUGGAAGAGAAAUAUUUCUUCAUACACAUAACACUAAUAGUAGAGUGGGGGAAAAAGAUGAUGGAAAUGACUGUAUAUUCCCAAGUACACACUGUUACAAUAUAUCUAAUAAUGAGCACAGAUGUAGAAAGUGCAGGAACAGGAAAAAAAGAGACGUCAAAAUGGCAUAUGGGGGAAUACACCCAGCAAACUAUGGACUGUCAGUGCUUAACCAUGAUAUUAUUGAGAAGCGGUCGAUUCGUAAUCCGCAAAAUUAUAGUAAUAGUAAUAGUAGUAGUUAUAGUAAUGGUAACAAUAGUCCACUGGGCGAUAGGAUGAGUGAAAAUAAAAAUAUUGGGGUUUACAUGGAAAGGAGAAGAUCAGCUUUUCCAACUACAUUUGAUAAUUAUAACAAGAUAUAUUAUUGCGAUGGUAAAAAAGGAUUCUUAAAAAAAAUUGAUGGGAAGAAAAUACAGAGAAAUGAAUCUCAUCCUUGUGAACAACAUGAAAAUGAAAGUAAUGACAACGGAAAAUAUUUAAAAAUUGUGGGGAACGGCACUUCAUACAUACAAAUAGAAGAUAAUAAAUAUGGCAAAUCGAAUAACUCUGGCAUUUUUUUGGACCAACGUAACUAUAAAAGCUUGCACGAUGUAAAUGACAAUAAAACGAUCAGAUAUGCAGAAGGGAAAAUGCAUGCCAAUGAAAUGGAAGCACAUGAAGAGGGGAAAAAGGAAAAACAAGUAGGAUCCCUUCACAAUAGCAGAAUAAGAAGUAGCAGUAGAAGUAACAGUAACAGUGACUGCCGUCAAGACGCGCUGAUCCCGAUGGAUUAUAAAAUUGUAAAAUAUGUAGACUCGAGGGGCACUAGUAAAAAUUGCAUAGAGGAGGACGUACAUAUAGUAGAUGGUAAAAAGAGAAUACAUAAUAAUUGUAUGAUUCCCCUUAUUAAUGAUGGCUCUUUUACAAGAAAAUGUAAAUAUCAAAACUUAAAAACAAUUACUAUUCGCUCAGAUAGCAAGAGCUCAUGCGAUAAGAAAGGGUUAAGAUGUAAAGAAGCAUGUAUAAAAAGUGGAAGACUAAAGUUUAGAAAAGAUACCUUUUACAAUAACGAAAAAAAAUAUAAUUCGAAGAAUAAUGAAUUAUAUUCACAUAAAGAUAAUAUGGAAAAGUUCAAAAUAGUACAAUGUUAUAAGGGGGAUGGAGAACAUGUGUUACUCGAUCCUUUAUAUCGUUUUCGUUGUGAUAAACUGAAGGAAGAAGAAACUCUAAACUUAAAUAAAAUUAAAAGAAAUUUAAAAAAUUUAACUAGCGAAAAACCAAAGGAAAUAUGUUCUAAUACAAUACUACAAAUACAGGAUGAACAAAAUGGAAUGAAAGCUAAACUGUGCAAUGUGGCUGAUGCCCCAAGUAAUAAUAAUAAUACUAAAAUCAGUAGCCAAAUGACGAGAUGUAUAUCUAAGAGAGCAUUACCAAAUAGAUUAAAUAGGCUGGAUAUUCCAAAUAUGUAUGAAACUGAUACGAACAAUAAUGAAAAAGGAAGAGUUAAUGAAAGUUACUACCACAAUAAAGACAGCAGCAGCAGAUGUUGCUUAAAUAGCGGGAGAGCAAAUAAACGCAUAAGUAAAAGAAAUAAAUUCGAAGGAAACUAUAAAUAUUACUCUAAAUGCCCUUUGAAACGUAUUUCACCUUCCAUGGAUGAUAAUGUAAAUAAAAAACGAAUAGGCAAAAGGUGUAGAAGUGACUACGGCUACUGUUUUAACGCAGUUAAUGAAGAGCAAAACUAUAAUUUAAGUGAUGGGCAUUCAAAAUAUUCUGACAAAAUGGUUGAGGGUAGUAAAAGUAUUAAUAGCUAUCAUCCUACUUCUAACAUGUUCGAAAAAAGAAAAAACAAAAAAAAGGAAGACAAACAAUUCAUAUCGUCCAGAAAAGCGAGGCAGUUAAACAGUACUAUCAAUGAAUGUCAUAACAAACUAUCAGCGGAAAAUUGUUAUGAUAAAUACGAUAUGCAGUGUUCACAAAAUGGAAGUAGCUCCGUUCUUGCAGGUGAGAAUGAGCAUUCACAAGGAAGUAUAGAUAAAGGAGGAAGAGAAGGAAGGAUGAGAGAAAAAAUUAUACGGAACGAAGAAUUUUUAGGAAAGGAGAAGAUUAUAGAUAUGGACAAAGUGCUGAGGGAACCUACUAUAGGUAGAACUUCUACAAGCAUAAGCAAAAUAUGUGAAACUGAUACCUACGGUUGUAUAGAUGGCUAUACUAAAAAUCAGCUAUGUGAUAUAAGACUAUUACGAGGAAAUUUUUCGCAUCAAGAAAAAAAAAGAGAAAUAAAGAACUCAUAUAGCUACACUAAUAGAUCAUCGAAAGGAGGAAAUAGCACAUUGUAUGCAGUGGGAAGAUAUCCAGUUGUAGUAAAAGAUGAACAAAGAGAUAAAAUGAAAAUGUGCAAUAUUCCUAGUACGAGAAGUAUAUAUCAUGGAAAAAAUUCAUCCAUACACAUGAAAAAAAAAAGUAUGUUAGGAAAAUAUAGAUCUAAUUUGGAUGAUGUUGAGUUAGAGCAUAAUUCAUAUUCCAAUAAAGUACAUGAAACGGAAAGACAAUCAAAUCAAAGGAUGAGAUGUUAUUCCAGUGAAGGUGAGAAAAGUAUAUGUAAUGUGGAUUCAAAAUUGGAUAAAUUGUAUUCUACGCAAGAUGGAUUUUCUAGAUGUGUACAUAAAAAUGGGGGGGCAUAUAAAAAAGAGAGCACAAAAUGUUGCCACCAUAACUCGGACAGUAACAACAGUAUGAGCAAUAAUUUAAAAUCAAAAUCAAAAGAUGAUAAAUUAUCAUAUAUACUAUCGAGCAAUAAAUUUAUUAGAGCACAAAGGAAAAAGAAGAGGGGAGCGUUAGAAGGCUUUGUUUGCGAGGGGGAGUGUAAUAACUUAUUAAGGAAUGGUAGAGAAAUGGUAAAGCAUUCGAAUGGAGAUAAACAUGGGGAACCACCCAAAAAUGUUUUAUAUAAUGAACAUAGAAGUGGUACAAGUGUUAGAAGAGGUGUAAGUGUCAGAAGCAGUAAUCGUGGUAGAAGCGAUAAACGGGGGAACUCCACUGAGCUUAAGAGAAGAAUCCCCGAUUUAGUUAAUCACGAAGAAAGAUAUUACACAAAAAACAAUAUUUACGAUUCUGCAGGGGUAAGAAGUGAAAAUGACAGUAAAUAUCAUUCUAAUGAAAGAAGGCUUUAUCGAAAGGAAAGGAAUCAUACAUAUGGAAAUGACUACAAAGGAAAAAGUACAAAAUGUUCAAGUAAGUCCAAGGGUUAUGGAACAACAAAAUAUGCUAAUGAUAUGAAUAAUAAUGAAGAAGCCAAAUAUAAAAAUGAAAGAAAAAAAAGAGAGUUUCUACAAUAUAACAAUUCUUACAGUUCUAACCAUAGUAGAAAUAGAUCAUUGUAUGAGAAAAAUAUAAGUCCUUGUAAUUCGCAUAAACAAGAUUUUCAUUUUAGCACUUCACGAAAUUGCGAUAGCAACACAUACAACUUGAAUGAAAAAUUAAGUGAUAUAAAUGUGCCUACUGUGAUUUUAAAAAAACCAACGAUAAUAAUUAGCGAUAAUAGUAAUGGUGAUAAAGAAGAGAAAAAAGAAUUUGGGAAAAAAAAUAUUUUUACUUGUUCGUAUGUUAAUGAAAAUUAUAAUCCUAAGGAAAAAGUACAUUCUAGUAGUAUUCAUUCUAAAGAAGGCAACAAUAUGGAUCAUUAUUACUCAUCUGAAUUUCAUAAUCGAAAAAACGAACUUUCUAAAAAUAGGGAAAAUAUCAUUAGCCAAAAUGCGCAUGAAAAAAGCACAAAUGAUAUUUAUAGGAUUAACUGCACAAGUAAAGAGGAAAAUGAUCUAAGCGUAAAAAAAAUGAACAGGUCAAAAUUAUCAUACAUCUUAUAUGAUGAGCAUGAUGAUAUGGGUAAGAAUAAUAACAAGUUUUUCAAAUUUAAGAAAAAAAAAAAAUAUGAUACAACCGAUGAACAGUUAAGAUAUAAAAUUGCAACAUCUACUGGUAGCAGCCAUGAUAAAAAGGAAUCAUCAACAAAAUCAAGAAUAAUAAACGAGCCCAUAAGGGGUGUAAAACGUGAAUUAUAUAUUAGUACGAAUGAGGAAAAUAGAUAUUUUCGUGAGCAAAAAAAUAGCAGUGUAGAAAAAGAUCGUGAAUAUAUAAAAAGCAUUAACCGGUCAUUAAGUUCUCACCCAACAAAUUACGAAAACGUAGAAAAAAAUUCGAAAAAUGGUAACUUAAGUAUGCAUAUAUAUAAUAGUAAGAACAUUGAUAAUGUUUUCUUACACAGAGAGAAAAGAAAAAGUAGUGAAUCAAUUUGUCGAAAGGUUAGCAGCAAUUUAAGGGAAGAGCACAUAUUUCCAGAUACAGAAACUGAUCGAUCAAAAAUAUCCUCAAAGGGGAAAAGGAACGCGCAAAUAAAUACGGAUGAGAAAAAACACAUUUGUGCAGAUAAUUAUAACACUAUAAAUAGUGGACUUUUUGAGGCAGAUGAAAAAAUUUUACAAACAGAUUCGCUAAAAAGAAGAAAUUCGGGAAAACUCAUGGAUGGUCAACUAGUAGGAAGCCACCACACAGACAGUGUUGAACGCCCUCUCAGCAGUAACAUAGAUGUGCAAAAUUAUAGUAGAAGCUAUAUAAAUAUGAAUAGUAAAAAUUUACAUAUAGGAUGCACAAAAUUAAGCACUGAUGAUUAUAGAACAUUAAUAUGUAGGAAAAACAGUUUGUCAUCUACUAGUGCGAAUUGUGACAAUGAACAAACGGAGGGAAGUAAUGAGGACUUUUGCAAAAGUGCAAAAGAUAUAUAUCUCAAAAGGCAAUCUGAAAAUAGCCUUAAAUCACGUAAACAAAAGAGUAUAUCAUAUAAUAAUAAAUGGGAAAGUAAAGAUAAACUUGGAAACAACAUGAACACAAAAAAGGGAAGCGGAUUGGUGUAUCACAAAGAAGGUCUAUUUGAUGGAGGAACAAACACAGAUCUAUCUUAUCGAAGAAAUAAGUACUCUAUCAAAAAAUGCAUAAAUUCAUUUACUCCUCAACAUGAUAAUACAGAGAGGGGAAAUCACGAUAAUACCGAUAGAUAUGACGAUAUGGAUAAUUACAGUGAUAAUUAUAAUGAUAACUACGAAUGUAUUAAUAGAGGUGCUUCUUCACAAAUAAAUGGGGAUAAAGAAAAAAGAUUGACGGAUUCGCAUAAUAAUAACUCGUUUAAAAUUAAAAAUAAAGGAAAUAUGAAUAAUCAUAGAAGAGGAAAGGGACAAAAAAUUAUCCAUGCGUUACACUAUAAUAACUAUUCCGAUUCAGAAAAAUGCAAAAGUUCCAACGUCAAUACAAGUGAUCAUAUAUCUAGAGGAAAUAUUAUGAAUAGUUCAAGUGAAUAUUUAAAUUGUCAUAAUACAAAUGGAAGUCUUACAUCAACAGUGAAUAAAGCAUUUGAAAAAAAAAAAAAAAUUAGAUCAAAAUGUAGCUCAGAUUCUAAAAGUGUCGAAGAAAUACGAUAUUCUAAUAGUAGAGAAAAUAAAAAUUUUAAAAAUAGUAUAUCAGGAUAUAAUAAAGAAAUGGAAAACUAUGACAACAAUAACUUGCGUAAUGCACAUACAAAACUUUCAUCUGAGUCAGACAAAAAGUGGAGUGAAAAAAAAAGUAAAUCAAAAAAUAUGAACAAUUAUCACAGUAAUAUACAUACCUGUAAGGCUAUGAGCAAUGAGAAAAAAUUAACAAUUAAUUCUUUUAAUGAAAAUAUAUUAUCUGAAAAGGAUGAAGUGAAUGAUAAGUAUUCAUUUAAUAAGAGCUUAAAUUUGAGUAAGACAAUGAAUAAAUUUGAUCAAAAUAAAGCAAGCAAUAGUAUAGUACUAAAAGAAGAAGAAAAAGGAAAAGGUACAAAUUGUAGCAAUUCCAUAAUAUUUAAUUCGGUAAAUGGUCAGAUGAGCCAAGGAAUACAAAACGCAUGCAAAGGUCAGGUGAUUAGUUAUUUAACAGACAAUAAGGCCGAUAAUAACGGAAAAAGAACAGACAAUUAUAACUGUGCAAUGUAUAACGUGGCAGGAGAUGAGGGGAAUGCAAAUGUUAGUGCAAAUGUAGGUAAAAGUGAGAGCCAUAUUAAAAUUCAAACUGAAGGAGAUGCAGUAAAAAGGGAAAUGAGUUCAGAAUAUUGCCCAAUGAAUUGUUUUAAUAUAGGUGAGGAUAAAAAUAUACCAAGAAAACCGCUUAACAGUGUCUUAGGUUUAAAAGAGGCAAAUGAUUACAUGAAGAAUGAGCUAAACUACUACUUAACUAAUAGUAUAAAAAAUGAAAAUGCUCAUGAGGACACGACAAAAAAAAUGGAUUGUACACCCUCAAGUUUUAAUAUGGUAAAUGAUAUAAAAAAUAGUAUACAUAAUGAAGAGCCUAUAAAAAACAUAUACAAUACUAGUAAUAUUGUAGACAAAUCGUAUUUUUGCGUAAGGGAUAACAGAGAAAUAUUUAAUACCUUAAACAGUGGUGAAAUAAACUGCAUACAUGAAAAUAUUAAUAACAGUGUUAGUAAUGGUAAUAGGAACAGCAGUGAUAACAUUGACGGUAACGGUAGUAAUAGUAGUAGCGCUAACAGUAAUGGCAACAGUGGGUAUAGCAGCGUAUGCAUCAGAAAAAAUAAUAGUAACGCCUCCGAUAUAGCCACUGCACACAAUAGCAGUACACCCGUUGGUAGUGGCAUUCCUGUGACUACUAAUGCAUAUCCAAAUGGUACAUGUCUAAGUGAAGAAAGAGGAAAUCCAAUCUGUUUUAAUGGAAACGGAAAUGUAUUUACAUGUAUUAAUUCAAAUGAAAGAGAACAAAUAAAAUUUACUAACCCUGCAUUUAGAAUUUCAAGUGAUAGUGAAUUAAGAAAAGGAUAUCAUAAUAACGUAUAUUAUGACGAUAUCAAUAGGAAUCAAAAUGUAAGUGUUCCUCCACUUACUAGUACUACUAAUACGAAUAAUAGUAUGAUUUAUCAAAUGCCCCCCAGUUACCAUCUGAUGAAUAAACGUUCUAUAUACGGCAACGCGAUUAAUCCGACGUCGACGGCGCCUGAACCGGCAACUAGGAGCAUUAUAUUCAAUUAUAAUAGGACUAGCAAUAAUGAUAAUAAUAUUAAUAGUGAAUAUAUGAACGGAAAAAAUAUUAGCAGUAAUAAUAUUAUCAGUAAUAAUAUUAGCCGUAAUAUUAUUAACGGCAAUAAUAAUGAUCCUAAUUUAGUUAUUAACCCUAGCCUAGUGAACGGUAACGGUUCAGGUGGAACGUACUAUUAUAGUAAAGCCUUCAGUACGGGUAACCUACAUAAUGAACAUUUUAAGAAUAAUAUAUUUUACACGAAAUUUGCAAGUAAUGAUAACAAUUAUAGCGAUAAUAAGAACAAUAUAUUACUAAACAGACUUGUGAAUAACAAUAAUGAAGGGAGUGAUUCACCUAUUAAUAUCCCUGAAGCUCAAGGUAUACUUGAUCCUAAUUUUAGUAAAAUAAAUAAUACAGUUCAAAUGAAUAACACAAAAAUGCAAAAUAUAAUUAAUAAUAAUUAUGCUAAUUUACGUAAUAACCCUCUUGUUAAUAAUAAUAUGAAGAAUCAAAAUAUUUUCUAUGAUAUCAAUGGAAAAGCAUAUAUGCACUCUAUGGUAACGGCAUAA